CAUUGCUGUUCCGAGAUCUAAUGCCAUUCAGUGUUGGGUCAGCCGCCGGCCGACCCGUACAGCCCUUGCCUUCCUAUUGGUAUAUAAUGACCAGUGGCAGAACAAUGGAAUCUACAAAAGAGUUCUUCACAAAGCACAAGUAUUUUGGUUUAAAAAAAGAGAAUGUAAUCUUUUUUCAGCAGGGAAUGCUUCCUGCUAUGAGUUUUGAUGGGAAAAUUAUUUUGGAAGAGAAGAACAAAGUUUCUAUGGCUCCAGAUGGGAAUGGUGGUCUUUAUCGGGCUCUUGCAGCCCAGAAUAUUGUGGAGGAUAUGGAGCAAAGAGGCAUUUGGAGCAUUCAUGUCUAUUGUGUUGACAAUAUAUUAGUAAAAGUGGCAGACCCACGGUUCAUUGGAUUUUGCAUUCAGAAAGGAGCAGACUGUGGAGCAAAGGUGGUAGAAAAAACAAACCCUACAGAACCAGUUGGAGUGGUUUGCCGAGUGGAUGGAGUAUACCAGGUGGUAGAAUACAGUGAGAUUUCCUUGGCAACAGCUCAAAAACGAAGUUCAGAUGGACGACUGCUGUUCAAUGCAGGGAACAUCGCCAACCAUUUCUUCACCAUACCGUUUCUGAGAGAUGUUGUCAAGAAGUUUGUGGUGUAUGAAGUAUUACGGGAAGAUGAGUUUUCUCCACUAAAGAAUGCAGACAGUCAGAAUGGGAAGGACAACCCUACUACUGCAAGGCAUGCUUUGAUGUCCCUUCAUCACUGUUGGGUCCUCAAUGCUGGGGGCCACUUCAUAGAUGAAAAUGGCUCUCGCCUUCCAGCAAUUCCCCGCAGUGCUACAAAUGGAAAGCCAGAGACCAUCACAGCUGAUGUCCAUCACAACUUGAAGGAUGCCAAUGAUGUACCAAUCCAGUGUGAAAUCUCUCCUCUUAUCUCCUAUGCUGGAGAAGGAAUAGAAAGUUAUGUGGCAGAUAAAGAAUUCCAUGCACCUUUAAUCAUCGAUGAGAAUGGUGUCCAUGAGCUGGUGAAAAAUGGUGUAUGAAGCAGAUACCAAGUUCUACCACAAUAGCAACAGCUUUUAUUUUUGAUAGACCAACUGUGAACCUCUCCUGCAAGACUGAAGUUUGAAUAUCCAGAGUUUGUUUGCUUGUUGAACUCUUAUAACUAUUACAAACUUCUGAAGAUCCAGAUGAUUGAACUUCAGAUAGCAUUUUUAUGAUUCUCAACUCAUUGAAGGUCUUAUUUAUAUUUUUCAAUUGUAUAAUUUUUCCCCAAGCCAAGGAAUACAUUGGCCAUUCAGGAAAUUUCCUACAUCAUAACCAUAGUCAGGAUGUUCAACAUCACUUUACUUGGAGCUGGAAGCAUUUGUUUUUGAAGUUGUACAUAGUGAUAAUAUAUCAUUGUACAUGUCAAAGGGUUUCUAUGGUACUAAAAGUUUGUUUAUUUUAUCAAACAUUAAACUUUUUUAAGAAAAUAAUUGGGCAGUAAAAUAAACUUAUCCUCUUGUUUCUGGAUUGUCA